GUCACGUGACCUCUAAAGCGGAACAACAAAGAAAACUUCGGGGUUCGUCUCCGAGAGGGCAGUAGAAGAGGGCUUCAGGAUGUCUGUACCUGGAAGUUCCGCGGUGCUCCGUGUCUUGUGGUUGCUAUCAGUGUUUGGCACGGUGCUCCCGCUGGACGGCGGCAUGCUCUUUCCCCGGGAGUCCACCUCCAGGGAGGUGAAGGAGCUGAACGGGCUGUGGGAUUUCAGGCCUGACGGGUCCCUCAACAGGAACGAGGGCUUCGAGAAGGCUUGGUACAAACGUCGGCUGGCAGAGACCGGCCCAGUGAUUGAAAUGCCAGUUCCUGCCAGCUACAAUGACAUCACACAGGACCCCACACUAAGAGAUUUCAUUGGCUGGGUGUGGUAUGAGCGAGAGGUGUUCGUGCCGGCCCGCUGGAUCUCCGAUGAGGGAACAAGAGUGGUUCUUAGAGUGGGAAGUGCUCACUAUUACUCAAUAGUGUGGGUGAAUGGAGAGAAAGUGACAGAGCAUGAAGGUGGCCAUCUGCCUUUUGAGGCAGAGAUUAGUAGUUUAAUCCGCAGGGACCCAACGAAGCCAUGCAGAAUCACCAUUGCUGUAAACAACACUCUAACUUUGGAGACUCUUCCUCCAGGCACCAUCCAGUACAUGAAUGACCGUACCAGGUAUCCUGAUGGUUUUUUUGUGCAAAACAUCUACUUUGAUUUCUUCAACUAUGCUGGGAUACAUCGUCCUGUACUGUUGUAUACUACUCCUACGGUGUAUGUGGAUGACAUCAUAGUGGAGACCAACUUCAUGGAUAACACUGGUCUUGUUAGAUACAAAGUAUCUGUUCAAGGUGCUGCAACAGCCACCCUGAAGGUUACUCUGAUGGACAAAGAUGGCCACUGUGUGGCCUCCUCUAACACACCAUCUGGAGUCCUCAAAGUUGUAGACGUGAAGCUGUGGUGGCCGUACUUGAUGCACGAGAAUCCAGGUUACCUUUAUUCUAUGGAGGUCCACCUAAUAGCAGUCAGUGAGACCUCAACAUAUGAAGAUGUGUAUACUCUGCCAGUCGGCAUCCGCACAGUCAACGUUACCAAGACCCAGUUCCUCAUUAACAACAAGCCGUUUUAUUUCCAUGGUGUUAAUAAACAUGAGGACUCUGAUAUUCGAGGUAAAGGAUUAGACUGGCCCCUAAUUGUAAAGGACUUUAACUUAAUUAAGUGGUUGGGAGCCAACUCGUUCCGUACCAGCCACUACCCCUAUGCUGAGGAGAUCCUGCAGAUGUGUGACCGUCAUGGGAUUGUGGUGAUAGAUGAGUGCCCAGGUGUUGGCAUCAAAGACAUUCGCAGUUUUGGAAACGCCUCUCUGUCUCACCACUUGGUUGUCAUGGAUGAGCUUGUGCGCCGGGACAAGAACCAUCCCUCUGUGGUCAUGUGGUCGGUAGCCAAUGAGCCCGCCUCAGAAAUGCCUCCUGCUGAAUUUUAUUUCAAGACUUUGAUAAAGCAUACCAAAGCUCUGGACCAUACCCGACCUGUCACCUACAUCACAGACAGUAACUAUGCCAGGGACAAAGGGGCUCCCUUUGUAGAUGUUGUAUGUGUAAACAGUUACUUCUCCUGGUACCAUGAUCCAGGCCACUUGGAGGUCAUUCCUAUUCAGCUCAACGCUCAGUUUGAGAACUGGUAUGGAAAGUACAAGAAACCCAUAAUCCAGAGUGAAUAUGGAGCAGAUGCACUUCCAGGGCUUCACAUGGAUCCGCCCAUGAUGUUCACUGAGGAGUACCAGAAUGCUCUCCUGCAGAGCUACCAUGAUGUGUUUGACCAGAAGAGGAAGCAGUAUGUUAUUGGUGAACUCAUCUGGAACUUUGCAGACUUCAUGACUGCACAAGCAAUCCAUCGUGUGGUGGGGAACAAGAAGGGUAUUUUUACCAGGCAAAGGCAGCCUAAAGCAGCAGCCUUCAUCUUGAGGAGGAGGUACUGGAGACUGGCUAAUGAGACGUGGAGACUGCCUCCUUGGACUAAAUACCCCUGUUCACUCUGAAACUUUGUUGAAGAUUGAUGCAGAAGACCCAUCAAGUCCCACCAUGGUGACAUUCACCGGUGUAGGUGAUCCACUACUUGAUUCUGUGAGCACGGUAGCAGAACAGACUAAUCUUCUGCUGUCGCUUCUGAGGAUGCAGUAUGAUCAGUAGACUCCUGCUCUCACUAUUGUUCAUCUAAAGUGACCUUGGAGUCAUUUUCUAUACAUUGAGCCCUGUGCUGCUCAUUUAAAUCCAAAACCUGCUGCUAGUUCAGUCAUGGUGAUUAAGGAAUGUUUUUUUGUUUGUUUGUUUGUUGUUGUUGUUGUUUUUACGAAAAAGAAUGACCUCUAAGUUAAAAAAGGUUGUCUCUGAACCAUCUUUGAACUAUAAGUACUUUAAAGCCUUGUAUACACUGCAAGCAAUUUGCUCAUCGCGCAUCGCUUUGAAGCUAAAGGCUCUAUGCUUUUGGACAUUCCAGAUUCAGGUUACCUAGGUGAUCCCCUUUGUAUUUACUAAAAGGUCAGAUGUCAAUCAGUGCAUUUCUUCACUCUCAUUGGUAGUUGCUUCAGUCUCUCGCCCGAAAGUUCAGAAAACAAAGUGGCUAUCACCUACGAAAAAUAGGUGAUAGCCACUUUUUUUUUUUUUUUUUUUGCCCAAAGUCACUUGAAGUGAAUAUCGUUUACUUUCUGUGGUCUCUCAUCACCACGUCACUGCAAAUCACUUUCAGUGUGUAUGCAGCUUUACAAGUAUUAUCAGCCGUUCCAGUCACUAUGAAGUCACCCGCACCAAAUAAAGAAUAAAAGCAAAGUUAGGCCUGUUUUACAAUAAAGAAGAGCUAGUCUUUGCUAUCUGAUUGUGGUGAUAACAUUAUUUUAUUUUAUUUCUGUUUUAUUUUUGCUUCAAAAGUCUUUCAUUCAAGGCUAAGUACAGUGAAGAUGCAUCAUCGGCAUUGGAUGGGACUUGUAUCACGUAUGCCUUGCUAGCACCAGGAUGAACCCCUUUUUGCCUUCAGAACUGCUUUUACUCUGUAACAUAGAGUCAACAAGGCACUGGAAAGAUUCCUCAGGCAUUUAUCUGUUGCUCAUCUAUGAUUAAAAAUCUACCAUUCCACCACAUACCAAAGGUGCUCUAUAGACUGAGAUCUAGUAACUUUGGAGGUCAUGUGAGUAAAGUGAACUCAUUUUCAUGCUCAAGAAAACCAGUUUGAAAUUUGUGAUUUGAGCUGUGUGACAUGGCAUAGUAUCCUGCUGGCAGCAGACCUCAUAAGAUGGGUAAGACCGUGAUCCUAAAUGAUCCUGAAUGGACAUGGUCAGUAACUGUACUCAGGUUGGUUGUACCAUUUUAAACUGUGCUCAAUGGCACUCAAAGGCCAUGUCAUUAGAUACAAGGUGUCAUGUGAUACAUAAAACUGUAUAAAUGAAAAAGGUUGUACUGAAAAUGACUGUCUGGAAGAACAUUCUCUUUCUUGCAAGCAGAUUCUGAUCUUACACAGCAUGUUUAACCAGUGGGGUUAGAUUCUGGGUCCAUUGUUAUUCUCCUUUUACAAGUUUCCUUUAGCCGCUAUCAAUCUUUUUUGGGCCUUUUUUAAAAAAAAAAAAUCAUUUUUAUGCCAGUGACAUUCAACUGUACAGACUGUCGUUCCUAGUUUGCUGUGAUCAGACAGUCGAUUAACAUUUCUAAAUAAAGUAUCACACCAACUGCAAAGCA